AUGUCAUAUAGUAAAGAUAGUGAUUUAGGUGAAUGUAUUAAGUAUGUACAUUUAAAAGAAGAUAAAAAGGAGGAAGAUAACUUAUAUUCUAAUGAUAAAGAUGUAGAAUAUUUUGAAAAUUUAUUUGACUAUGAAUAUGAUGAAGAUGAUGAAAAAAAAAAUUUUGUGGAUGCAUAUGAUGAAGAAUCAACAGGAGGAAGAAGAUUUGGAUUGACCUUUUUCAUUCUUGGUUGUAUAACCAUAUGUGGGUUCAGGGGACGCAUGGUGAAAAAAAUGGCCUUUGCUCCUCCAAUCAUUAAAGGAUAUAAUUUAGAAAAUGAUAAUAAAUUCAUCUUUCAUAAUGGUCAGCGUGAAGAAAUUAAAGAAUUGAUGCAAAUAAAUAAUAUCGAUAUAAAUUAUAAAAAACUAAAAAGAGGUUCGACGGAAGUAUCUGGUAUAAUGUUAUAUAAGAAACCUUUGGAUUUAACUAAACAGACAAUAUUAUAUUCACAUGGGAAUACUACAGAUAUUGGUUAUAUAACACCAUUUUUAUUAAAUCUAGUUACUUGUAACAAUGUGAAUGUAUUUUCAUAUGAUUAUAGUGGUUAUGGAUUAAGUAAUAAAGAUCCUAGUGAAAAGAAUUGUUAUAAGAGUAUUAAGAUGUCAUAUGAUUACUUAACUAAAGAUUUAAAUAUAAAACCAGAAAAUAUUAUUGUAUAUGGGCAUAGUUUAGGUUCAGCUACUAGUUGUUAUUUAAUUAAUUUAAAAAAUGUAAAAGUAGGUGGUUGUAUUCUACAAUCACCUUUAUAUAGUGGUUUAAGAUUAUUACUACCUUUAAAUUAUAAAAAAGAAAUGCCAUGGUUUGAUGUUUUUAAAAAUGAUAAACGUUUAAAAAAUAUUCCUCUCCUUCCUUUAUUUAUUAUGCAUGGUAAGAAUGAUAGAGAUAUUCCUUAUCAACAUGCUGAAUAUUUAUUAAAAAUUGUAAAAAAAAAUUUUGCAAAACAAGUACAGAAAAAUAAAUCACAGUUUUUAAGAAAUAAAAAGAUCAAUCAUUUAGAUGCACAUGAUUCAAUACUUCGAUUCUGGGGAGUUGAAAAUGCUGACCAUAAUGAUAUAGAUGAAAAAAAUCCUGAGCUCUUUUAUCAUAAAUUAGGUGAGUUCUUAUCAUACUGUUCUAAAUUUAAUAUGAACGAAUAA